GUUGACUGCGACUAGAAACUGCAAACUGUCAACUAAAAACUUUAAAACAAAGUAAAUGACAACUUUCCCAUUGAUUGGAGGAAGGUUACUGCAAUUUUUGUACCAAUUGCGUUCCAUUUAAAMACAGUUGAUGCGUUUAUCUUGAUACAAUUUGAUAGCGAUGACUGUAACUCUGUGUCUCUUCAGUGUUUUAACGGGUUUUCUUAUUGUUAUGAAUAGAAGUCUAUCACCCGUUACUGCUGCGUGCGACACGGCCCUCGGUAUGCAAAGCGGUUGGAUUGUAGACUCUGAUAUAACAGCAACCUCAUUCUUGACUCUUGACAAUGAACCAGGCAGUGCGCGCCUGAACUCUACAAAGGCCUGGUCACCUGUCAGGCAGGAUGUCAGCGAAAUACUACAGAUUCACCUCGAGACCGAGGCCAAUGUAUCUGCCAUUGGAGUCCAAGGUAACCCUACUGCUGACCAGUGGAUAACGAAAUUUAGGGUGGAGUACAGUAUGGAUGGGAUGAAGUGGCAAAAAUACCCUGAGGUYCUCAAUGGGAAUACCGACCGGAACACCAUUGUACGAGCAACGUUGAGUACGGUUCUUCAGUUGAACUACCUUCGUAUUAAGCCUGUAGAAUGGGAAAAUGCAAUAGCUUUACGCCUUGAGAUCUAUGGCUGCAUGAAAGAGAAAUACUCUUGCGGGAAACGACCACUAUAUCAAACUGCUCGACAACAACGAAUAAUCCAAGGCACCAAUGCACAGCCAUACACAUGGCCAUGGCAGGUAGAGGUAACCAUCAACAACACAAAACAUUGGUGCGGUGCGUCGCUUAUCGACCCUCAUUGGAUAAUAACCGCUGGCCACUGCGUACAUGUCUACUCCCCUGCCUCUACUGGGACGCGCAUUUUGCGGCUGGCGGAAUACAACCGCUUGGUUCCUGAAGGCUACGAGAAAUACGUUGUACCGGACAAAAUCUAUCUUCAUCCGGGAUUUGUCAUAGGUGAUAUCAAAUCCCCUGGAUAUUACGACAUAGCCUUGAUGCAUUUAAAGGAAAGUCUUACAUUCACCGAUCGCAUUCAACCUGUGUGUUUGCCAGAUGAGAAUACGCGUUUUGAUAUUGGUACGGUUUGCACGGUAUCUGGCUGGGGUAAGACCUCAUCAGGGGAAAACGGGACAUAUGCUAAGACACUGCAACAGCUGCAGGUACCAUUAGUGUCAAAGGAAGUGUGUAACAGCAAUGUCUCCUACAAUGGAGUAAUUCCUGAACAGUUCUUGUGCGCUGGUUAUAAGUCAGGUGGGCGUGACAGUUGCUAUGGUGAUAGUGGGGGCCCUUUGGUUUGUCAAACUUCGGGAGGGGAAUGGAUACUACAUGGUUUAGUCAGCUGGGGUGAGGAAUGUGCGAUGCCUAAUAAAUAUGGAGUUUACACAGAUGUGAGAAAACAGCUACCAUUCAUUGAGAGUGUUUUGUAUGGAUAUCCAAAGUGUGGUGUGAGGUUCCUUCCAGAAGGAGGUCAUUCCAGGCAAAAGAGGAUUGUAGGUGGACGUGAAUCCAAACCCAACUCCUGGCCUUGGCAGGUUGAUAUACUAACAACUGUCAACAAGACAGAGCACUACUGUGGAGGUUCUUUGCUCAACCCUUCCUGGGUAUUGACAUCUGCACAUUGCUUUCACUUUUUCAAGAACAUAUCACAGUUUGAGAUUAGUUGCAUGCCCCAAUAAGGAUGGACAAUAUGUUCUCACUGGGGUGGUGAGUUGGGGCAUUGGWUGUGCKAGACCUUACAAGUAUGGAGUGUACCUAGAUGURAGAAAGAUUUUAGGAUUUAUAAAUAGCAAAAUUAAUGCAAGUGCGAAUAAACUGGCUUAGAAAGCAAUUCUUGCAUUCAUUAUUUUGUACAUCAUCGAAGAUACUAUACUGUACAGCUUUAGUAAAUAUUAGUGUAUUCACUAGAAACUGUAGGCUAUGCUCUUUUAGUGUGUUCAUUAGAAAGGAUAGGAAAAAUAUAAAAUAUUAAAUUUACAGAAUGUGUUUUAUAAAAAAUAAAACUUAUAUAUAUUGUU